UAGCAUUGGAAUGUGAUAACAAUAACAAACAUGGACUAAUAUCCGGAGUAAGUAUACCCAUCUAAUAUACGGAUCUACCCACGUGUUGUCACAAUGGAUGAAGAAGAGUAUGUGGAAGAAAUGGAGGAAGAAGGAGAGAGAGAGGAAGAUGAUGAUAAAGAAGUGUUUAUACCAGGACUAUCAAACCAAGAAGGAGAAGGUGAACUAGUACACGAUCAAUCAGCGUAUCACAUGUAUCACACUGCUCAAACAGGUGCUCCUUGUUUAAGUUUUGAUAUACUAAAGGACAGUCUGGGGGAGAGUAGGACGACCUACCCAAUGACAGCUUACCUAGUGGGAGGGACUCAAGCAGAACUGGGAAAACAAAACCAUAUUAUAUUAAUGAAAAUGCAUCAACUACACUCUACACUGAAGGAACCAAAUGAAGAUGAUGAUGAAAGCGAUGAUGAUGAACUUGAGAAUGAAAGUCCUGAACUAGAGACUGUCAUGAUACAACACACAUCAACCAUCAACAGAAUAAGAGUAGCUCCUAUACGUACUAGCACCAUUGUGGCCACGUGGGCGGAGUCGGGGAGCGUUCAUUUAUGGGAUGUAUCUAAACAUUGUUUAAUGUUGGACAGUCCAGGGACCGGGGGAGCCCCUUCAAUCAGGGGACAUAUUGAAAAACCAAUGCAUACUUUUAAUGGACACAAAUGUGAGGGAUACGGUCUUGAUUGGAAUGAAGUGGUGCCUGGUAGAAUGUGCUCGGGUGACAAUAACGGGAAUAUCCAUAUAUGGAAUUAUAAAGAAGGAGGAACCUGGACUGUUGAUAAGAGACCAUUCACUGGCCACAGGAACUCAAUAGAAGAUCUACAAUGGAGUCAUGAUGAACCAACAGUAUUUACAAGUUGUUCGUCGGAUGGUUCUAUUCGUGUGUGGGAUAUUAGGGCUCCUCCCACUAAAGGAUGUAUGAUAGCACUAGCCAACGCUCAUGAAUCUGACGUGAAUGUAAUCAAUUGGAACAAAUACGAACCAUAUAUAGUAUCUGGUGGAGAUGAUUGUUUAUUGAAAAUAUGGGACCUAAGAUUAAUACAAAGUAAUCAAGAGACUGCAGCUGUAUCAAUGUUCAGCCAUCACACCAAACCAGUGGUAUCUGUCGAAUGGAAUGAUAAUGACUCCUCAGUCUUUGCAUCAGCUAGUGAAGACAAUCAAAUUGUCCAAUGGGAUCUCUCAGUUGAAAAAGAUGAUGAAGCUAGCAUCAGCUGUCAAGCUAAUGAUAGUUUGAAGGACAUUCCACCACAACUGCUGUUCAUUCAUCAGGGACAGGAAGAAAUAAAGGAGUUACAUUGGCACUGUCAGUUACCAGGUGUACUGGUCAGUACAGCUGGUAACGGAUUUAAUAUAUUCAAAACUAUUAGUGUCUAGUUAAUUAAUUAAAACUAGUUAAUUCAUUAAUAUGUAAAAAUUAAUAAUGAGAAAGGUGUGUGUGUGUGUGUGUGCAUUUCAUAAAUACAUAAAAUUGUUUUAUCUAAAA